AUGGGCAUUCAAAAGAUCAACCACUCGAAGGCAUUUUACAGUGCGGGUGCAUACUGCCACAAUGGAAGUGGCACUGAGGUGUUGGAUAACCUGGUUUUAGGACCAGACUCAGGUGAUGAUUCUGAUGACGAGGAGCUGAUAGAGUUGAAUUGCGAGCUUGGUAUGGUGGAAGGUCAUGUAUGCAGCAUGCCAUAUGAUCUCUAUGAUCUGCCUGACUUAAAGGAUAUACUGUCUAUAGACACUUGGAAUUCUUGUUUAACAGAGGAAGAGCGAUUUCACUUAUCAGCUUAUCUUCCAGAUAUGGACGAGCAUACAUUUUGGUUGACUAUGAAGGAGCUUUUUGAUGGCAGUAAUAUUUAUUUUGGGAAUCCUUUGGAUAUGUUCUUCAAAAGAUUGAGAGGUGGGUUCUAUCCUCCAACAGUGGCUCAUUACAGAGAAGGUUUACAGUUUCUCCAGAGGAAAAAGCAUUAUCAUAUGCUAAGGUCAUACCAUGAUAAGAUGGCACAGACUUUUGUCGAAAUGAGUAGAAUAUGGGAUCAAUGUGGAAAGGGCGCCGGUGUUGAGGAACGUAUCUCUUUGUGGGGUAAAAGGAACAAACAGCACAAAGAUAACACUUUACUAGAUCUUAAUAAAUUUCCUGGGGAUGAUAAUCUUUUAAGUGAAGAUGUCUCCAUGGAUACUAAGCCUCCGGGACGAAAAAGAGCUGAAGCUGCCACUGUUGCAAAAUUUGUUCCCCCAAACUGUCAAGGGAAGGGCUUUCUAAAGAUGAAGGCAUCUGGAAAUCGUUCAUGCCAAAAUCAUGCUGCACAAGUAGUCCGAAAUGACAAGUUGGAACAAGGUCGUUCUAUACCCAAGGGCGUCUUGAAAAUUGUCCCAAAACAACCUCCUAGUCAGUUGGAACAAUCAGAAGUGCCUAGAGGAUUAAAACCAAACAUUAUUGUCAAGUCACAAGGCUUGCUAGAUGUUAAGUUUUCUCGCUUGCAUGCCUCAUUACCGAUCCAGGAAGCAGGUGGCCUCUGCAGUUCAGUUUACAUGGGGCAAAUCAUUGACCAUAGAGUACAUUCAGCUUUGGACCAACCUCUGUGUUUAUUGAAUCAGCAAGAUGAUACUCUAAGAGCCAGUAGUCGCUCUGAAAGCUCGGAUCAAAAAAUAAGAAGGGGAAAAAUUCCAUCUUUGGAUGAGAGAUCCCUAAUAGGGUUAAACAAGGUAGUUGGAGGUGGCAUUGGAAGGGUGCCUCGAGAGGAGCAUGACUUUCCAAUCAGUUCGGUGGGUGGAAGCACAUAUGAUGUUGAUGGUAAAAAUUUGUGGCCAGAACUACAUGCUGGAGCUCAGGACUUCUCUCUUAAUUCUCUGAGAUCGUUUCCUUUUGCAAUUCCAUGUCACGGGAGGGAGCAGUACUUGACCUUAAGGGCUGAGCAAAGCCACCAUUUUCCAAAGUUUCCAGAAGUGGUUCCCAGAGUCUUGAACCUUGGAAAAAGGAAGCCAGAGACAGUAAUUGGACAGCCUACUGAAAUGAAGGGCAAAAGUGAGGCUGGCUUGAAAAUAUCAGGCAGUGGAGCUAAUAGAUCCAGUGUUACCGAGGGAUUUAAGAGAGAUUCUGUACUUCCUUUGACAUAUAAGCGGCGGAAGGUUCUAGCUAAAGUCAAGUCAUCAAACGUGGGGGAGCCAUAG